GAAGAAAAUAUAAGUCUUGAUAUCAUACUUUUAUUCAAUGGAACUCCGGUGAAAAUAGAGCCUGUAUGCGGAAUUUACUAGACUUUCCCCGCGAGCUCGAACGCUGGGCGACGUGUUCGAGUGUUUACAUGGAGUGACUCGAGCUGCUUGACGGGCUGAACAUAUGACUGAAAACCGUCGAAGAUGGAUGUCCUGCUGCCAAUAUUCCAGUUGUUAUACUUUGUUGCCCACUUCCUGGCCAGCUUGGCACUGUCAGUCCUCGACACCUUCCACCUCCUUCACCGAGUGUUCCUUCAUGUGAGUGCAGUGUUAAGAGGAGGGAAUCAGCCUGUGCUCCGCAUACAAGCUGAUGCCGCACAACUCAAGAAGAUCCCACAGCACUUGGGAUUGGUGUGCAUAGGGAAGCAAGCGUAUCACAUUUCUAAUCUUGCCAACGUGAUCACGUGGGCUGUUGGGUAUGGGGUACGCUAUGUCUCCCUAUACGACAUGCAUGGCACUCUGAAACGACAGCGAUCAGUGAUACUCCAGCACCUUAAAGAGGUGUGUGCUGACAUCAGCUACACAGUGAUAACCCAUAACAGUGAAGCAAACCAAGCUAAAGACAUUGUAGAAAAUAGCAGGUCGGGGCCACAUGUAAUCGUAAAUCUCUUAAGCCUGACCGAUGGCAAAGGUAGCCUUGCAGCCACAGCCCGCCAGCUGAGCUUGGGAACCAGCAAAGUGAGUCCGGAGUUAUUAGAAUCUUUGAAAGUAACUCGGGGCCAGCCAGAUCCCGAACUCAUUAUCACAAUAGGAGAACCCAUUUCGACCAUGGGGUUCCUGCCGUGGCAAAUUAGAUUAAGUGAAUUUUUUGCCGUUCCAUCUUUAAAUAGGUUUGAGUAUGGAGAUUUCCAAACCAUUCUUAGGCAAUAUUCUAGAUGUGAGCAGAGAUACGGCAAGUAGAUUCUGUGUUAAUUAUACAGUUAAUGUCUUUUUUCUGUGUCUGUAUUUAAGAAGAACUUAUGUGAUAUAUACAAGGAUGUUGUUUGCAUGUAUGUCAAAUCUUCCAUGCCAGUAGUGUGCUUAAUUUUAUAAGAAUGGAAAAAAUGGGAGAGAUUCAGGAAAUAGUUAUAUAUAAAUUGAUUUGAAUAAUCUCUCAUUUAAUAGAGGGGAAUUAGAAAAUAAAUAUCAUUCCUGUUAUUGACAGUUGUAUCUGGACUUGUAUAUCAUUACUUUAUCAAGUAAGGGAUCAAAGGAAAGAAGGAAAGUUAUGAUAUUUGUUUAUAUUUUUGUAAAGUAAAGUAUUAGAACAAAUUCUAAAAAAAAAAGAAAAAAAAAAAAAUAUCCUUCUUCAUUGUUUUACAGAAUGCAUUACUCUUUUUCCCUCCCUUGUUUCUCACUAUCAUGGGAUUUUUAGAAAUGAAGGCCCCAGAAUUGAUACUGUUGUUUGUUCAUAUUCAGUUUCCAAGCUAUACAACUCAGGUCUGUAAGAGACACAUUGUGAAGUGAGUCAGAAAUACGAGAAAUUGAGUUCUGUUGCAUUAAGUAUGAGAGCAUUUUUGACCGUUGCUUGGUGGGUCUUCUCAUUUAUCUGGGGAGGGUAGGGAGUGUGCAUAAUUUGGUCCCAAAAAGUUCUUUUGCCUGUGAUAUGCUGUAAGAGUUUUUUAUUAUUAUUUAUUUUUCAUUGGUUUAGAUUGUUUAUGUAGGUCACUGCUCUUCUUACAAAGGGAAGAUAAUAUACUCAUUAUUAGAAAAUAUGUGGUAUAGAACAUAUUUUAGUUCCUAAUCUAAUGAAAAAUGUGUUUAUAUCAAUAUUGCCAACAAUAUAGUUUUUCUUUCAUUUCUGUUGAUAUUAUUUAUUGCUUUAUUUUCAUUAUCAAUGUCAGGUUAUCAUACUCUGAGUGGAAAGAUCACAAUAGGAAGACUACUGAAAGAUACAAAGAUACAAAGCUCUUUUAUUAAUUUUCCCCAUAGAAACACCAACUUAUACCUUGUUACCAGUUGAUCCUUGUUAUGGAGUGCAUACAUGAUUGAUACAUUUACAGUAUUUUUUUCUGUCAUUUUAUUGUCAGUUGUUAUUGAUACAUAUACAUUAUAUGCGAUAUGAAUAUAUUUCCUUGUUUUGCUCCUAGUACAGGUUGAGAGCUUGAUUUCCUUCCCCAGUACAGGAUUAAUAUGUGUUUGUCCUUUUUACUUUUGUCCAAAUAUGGUUGAAGACACUAUUCCCUCUGAGACCGCAGAUGGCAUUCUCAUUGUGACAGGAAAAUGCCUCAUUAUUAUAAGUUUAUGCUGCAACAUGGAAAAGAGGAUACACAGCACAUACACUGCCACAUACGUUGGUUGGUUGGUUGAUUAUUACUAUUAUUAUUAUUAUUAUUAUUAUUAUUAUUAUUAUUAUGAAUUUAUAAUUAUUUAUUUAUUUAUUUGAUUCUUAAGAAUAAAUUCACUUUGGAUUGUUAUGGUUAGGUCCUGACAUUAGUGCAAGUUGAAAGGUUAGAGAACUACAAUUUUAGAAUAGAUAAGGUAGAGCACUAUUUACCAAUGUAACAAUAGUAUUAUUAGUUAAUUUCCUCUUAUUGGUCGACUAAAAUAGUGAUAAUAGGUUUUUAUAAUUCACCAUAGUUCUCUCUGAUAUAUCUAAUCUUUGAGGAUAUGAGGGAAGUUGUAGUUCUGUACUAUUAAAUGUGCAGAUUCCACAUAAUGCAAAGACAAAAUCCACAUUUUCAGGAGUAAAAGUUGUAAACCCUAAUCAUUACAUACUUCUGAAGAUUUAUCUCAGGUAGAGGAAAAGGAAUAGAAGAACUUUCAUACUCAGCCAACAACUGUUCUUUGAGAUUAUCUAUAUGAAUACAUGAUUUCUUUUUCUAAAGAAUAAUAAUUAGACUGAUGAUAAAAACAUCAAUUUUGGGAUCAUGAUUGGGAUAUUCCUGUACUUUAUCUUACAUGAAACAGGUGACAACAAAGAAGACAUUGUGAUUGUGAUAUAAAGGAAAGACAGUCACCUUUAUAGGUGGCUAAGAGCAUUAUCUAGAAUGAUUUUAAUUGUUUUUGUAUAUCUCCCUAUUGUUACUUAUAUGAGGGUAAUAUUUAUUGUAUCAAAAACUAGCAAGUAAUUUUGAAGGAGCACUUACCAAAUGAUUAUGAAAUUAAAUUCCCUUCUUAAACAUGAUACCAUUCAUUGUUUUUAUAUAUACAUGGACAAAUGUAAACCAAGUUAAAAACCAUUGCCGUGUUUUUAGUUCAUUGUUAGUUUUUUAGAUAAUUACUAAAAUUUGUUUAAACCUUUCUUUGUUGAAAUCUUCCCAAGUAUCAAUUUCUGCCAUGGGUUCCCCAUUUCACUUUUGUGCUAAAAUUGAGGUCCUCCCAUUGUGACAAUGUUAAAUUUAAGUUCUUCCAGCCAUUUUAAGUACAAAUAGAGUGCAGUUGUAAAGCCCACAGCAUUGUAAUAAUUUAUUAGGCAACCUAGAGACAUACAAGGCAAGAUAUAUAUAUAUAUAUAUAUAUAUAUAUAUAUAUAUAUAUAUAUAUAUAUAUAUAUAUAUAUAUAUGUAUGUAUGAAUAUAUGAACACUAUAUAAUUCUGCUAGCGUUAUUGUAGCCUUAAAAACCAUCUCGUAUGUAUACAGAGUACAUAGUCCUCAGAUCCUUGUCAAGCUUUAUUUCCUGUGAUUUUUUUCCAAGGAUGUACAUACGUUUCUCUUGUAUUGUUGCAGCAUUGGCAUAAUUAUUUUUCCAUUGUUUACAGAGUACUUAAAGAGAAAAAGUGAAAUUUGGAAAGGCAGUUUACAUUCAAGAAGAUUAGAUGGUUGUGGCUGCAGAAAUAUCUGGAGUUUUUUUUUUCUUUAUUUUAGCAUGUUUCAUGUGCAUAUUCAGUCAUUGUCUGUACAUCAUAUGCAUCAUAUGUAAUAUGUGUAUCUGUCUUAUGUAUGUAUGCAAGACCAUAUCUCUAUUUAUCUAUCUCUAUAUCUAUAUAGAUAGAUAUAUGGGUAUAGAUAUAGUUUUAUAGAGAUAGAGAUAUAUAGAUAUAUAGGUAUAACCUGUCUAUCUAAAUAUUUGUGUAUAAAUGUAUAUGCACAUGUUUACUGUAUGCAAGUUCUCCAUGAAAUUACAAUGUUUGUUUUAUUGUUAAAAUUUUCCAAAUAUAAAGUGAAUUUAGAAUUUAGAGAUCAAUUUAGCAGGAACAACAGUAAUUUCCAUUUUUGUCUUUGUAGAGAGAAAUGUAUAGACAUAUUUAAAAGCAUAAUAUUUUUGAGUGUUUGGGCCCAAUUACAUAAGGUUCCCCAGCCAGGCGAAAAAUACAUCUGUUUAUGUUUUAUCUACUCAUAGAAGAGCUUUUAGAGAGUGACUGCCUCUUUGAAAAUGUUUCUUUUUGUGAAGUAAAUUUCAUUUAAGAGAAUAGUGCCUUAUGAGGAUGAUGCUUGAAAAAAGUAGAAGUUUUAGUCCUUGUAUAAUUACCCUCCCUUUCCAGGUAUCAGAGAGUAACCAUAAAAGAAAAUUGUAUUUUGCAAAACAAGAUGCCAUGUUUUCAAAAAAUCCCUGGAGAAAUUAGCGAAGAAUUCACUUUUUGUAACUGAACAAAUGGAAAAUGUGUAGAUAAAAAAGGAAGAAAAUAAACUGUAUGACCAAUACUGAAAAAGGAGAAAAAAAAGACCACAGCAAUUUCAAACAAUCAUGUCCUGUAUACUGGGUGCAUAAUUUUCUAAGGAUUAAUUUGUAUAUUAGCAGUUCUUUAUUACAGACUGUCAGUGCAGUGAAAAUAACAAGUAUUUAUUUUGUUGCAGUUAAAUAGGCUGUUGUUGAAAAACAGAUUUGUAGCAGUUUUGCAGGCAAAUCUGUAGAUGUGAAAUAAAUUAUAUGUAUAUAUUUUGGUUUCCAGAUUUAUGUACAAAAUGUACUUCUGUUGUAGUUUUGUGUUGGAACCCUUUAGAAUGUUUUGUUAUUUAUGUACUAAUGAAUGUUAUUUCAUUAAUUUACCAAGGAUAUCUUAGAAAUAUAAUUUACGAAGUUAAAA